AUUUUUGUUGUAUUCCCCGGCAAUCUUCACUUCACCUGUCAAAUUUGCUAAUUUUCUUUUAUAGAGGUUGCGCAUAUAUCGAUGACAUUUUUCACAAAGUUGGUUGAAAAUUUUUUAUAGCUAGGGCGUAUAGUAUAUGACUACAUGUAUUGAUGUACAGACUUUGGACGCCCUAAAAAGUGUGGAGUGAUAUGCCUACUGCAUGAUGGUAACUGUAAUAUGUCUGUAGAAUUUAAGUCUGGCAUUUUAUGUUUUUAGAGUAAACAUGAUCUAUGGUUGUGUAUCCUUCAGUAGUUGGCUCAUUUACCCAUUGUUUGUAUCCAUACUGUCUGAACAGAGAGAGUAUUGAAGACUGACUGAUAUUUUCAUUAAAAUCACCUACAAAAAUUGCCUUUUGGUAAUGUUGAUCGGUUUCUUCCAAUAGCAUUGCAAGAUUUGUUUUGAAUGACUGAAUUGCAUAAUGAGGUGAUCGAUAGAUAACUAUUAUUAGCACAUCUGCUAUGGCACAUGCAGCAUGUUCAAUAUUUCUGGUAUCAGUUGGGAUUGUUUGAAACCAUUCCAACAUUUGGUGAUUAUAAAUAGCAACACCCCCAUGUUUCUGAUUUUUAAAAUGAACAUAUUCCUGAUUAUCAUCAAAAGAUUCUGCUCGUGUUUUAUGAAAGGAAUUAAAAUGAUUCAAUUGGCAUGUAUUGUUCCUGUGAUUCUGUCAAACAAAUAAUGUCACUGUUUAGAAGACGUUUGUCAUUUUUUAAAUCUUCAUAGUGAUUUUGCAGGCCUUCUAUGUUGUGAAGUAAGAUGUUAAAAUGUUGUGGAGUAGUUGUGGAGGGCAAAAGUUUGGGCAUUGAAGCUAUUGAAGGUGCAAUUCUUUGAUCACAGUAGAUUUGGUUUUCAUCAAAAUCUUCAACAACAAGUCCCUUCGAAGUAGACACACGACUUAGGGCAACAUAUGUUUGUCCUGGCAUAAAUAUCUUUUUCAUUGAUACUACAGCUGUUGACAUUGUUAGACCUUGUACUUUGUGGCAAGUACUUGCCCAUGCAAGUUUCAAUGGUAGUUGUCUCCUGACUAUAUUGUGGUUCUGUAGAUGAUCAUCUUGAGGCUCUAUUGGAAUGCUCGGGAAAUAACUGUUGUUAUGUGAAGAUCGAUAUUUCUGCCCAACUCUUUUUUCGUCAAAAUGAACAUAGACUUUUGGCAAUUCAUUUUCAUUCUGGCAUUCUAUAUUAGUUACUUUUCCAACUACACCAUUAACAAGACCAUCAGAUACAUCUAUGUUGCAAGUCAAUUGAACACGAGCACCAAUUGCUAAAACCAGUGAUGACAAUAGAUAACUGUCUUUAAGUAGUGUGGUUAAGUGUCGUAAUGUGAGUUUACCUGAUGUCUUAUCGCGUUGAAAGUCUUGAGCAUUUAUUUUAAUCAAGUCUGUGCAAUUUGUUUGAAUAGCAUUUAAGUUGUAAUUGUUGACUUGAGCUCUUGUAGGAUAUAUGUGCAGGGCAUCAGGGUUUUCUCCAGUUUCACGCGACUGUAGUCUAUGUCAGCUUUUUGCAGUGCAUCUUUUUUGGUUCUAGUACGUAUUCUAUUCAACAAUUUAGCAUAACACUCAUCGUUGGAAUGUCUUUCAUUGGCAGUUAAUUCUGCAAUCUGGAAUUCACCUGUCCAGAAGUCCAUUUCAGAUUCUGUAUACAAUGCUUUACCCUUAACAGGUUGUAACUGAUAAAAGUCACCAACUGCAAGAAUGGAUACGUUUCCAAAGAGUGUGUUUGUUCCUGUUCCUGACAGUGACGAUGAAGACUGGGAGCCAUGUGAAGAUGAUUAUUGUCAAGAAUUUGAUGACUCGCUCCUUGAUGAUGAAAAUGUAUCCGGCAAACAUUAUGAUUUCGACAAUGAGUAUGAACAGCCCUCCCCUCAAUAUGAGAGAAAAUUCAUUGUCUUUGAAUCAAGCUUGAGGCUUCUGUUCAUGUUUUGUCAAGUUUGCAGGGCACCAUGUCGAGUCGCACUCCGUACACUUGGCACAGCUGUGAUGGUGAUGGCGAUUUGUGAAAAUUAACAUCAACAGGAAUGGACAUCACAACCAUUUAAAGGACAGCUUCCCAUUGGAAAUUUGCUUUUGGCUGCAGGAAUUCUAUAUUCUGGUUCAAGUCCAGUAAGAGGACUCAAUAUCCUGAAAAACAUUGGUGUGGCAGUGAUAAGCCGAAGGACAUUCUACACUAUACAAGGCCUCUACCUCAUACCAUCAGUGUUCGCAGUCUGGCAAAGGAAGCAAGACAGUAUGUUUAAGGAGCGAAAGAGGAAACAACUGUCCUUGGCUGGAGAUGCGAGGUGUUGCUCGCCAGGCCACACUGCCAAAUAUGGGAGCUACAGUUUGAUGGAUGAGUCAGCCGUCAAAUGAAGUGAAAAAUUCUUACUGGAUGGACCUCGAGGGUUUGAAACGUAGCAUGGCACUACUUGUUACCGAGAAGAAAUUGGCAAUUGCAGAGAUGGUCACAGAUCGGCAUUCACAAAUCAAAAAGUAUCUGAGAGACAAAUGGCCUGGAGUACAACACUGGUUUGAUUGCUGGCAUAUCGCGAAAGGUAGCAAGGCCCACAAGGAACUUACGCUGAUUCUCACUCAAAAGAUAUUGCUCAAGGACAUCAGAAAGGUUUCACCAGGAGUACAGACUUCAUCUCUUGAGUCGUAUCACAAAAUUGUUGGUUAUUUCGCUCCCAAAUCCCGCCAUUUCUUCUAUGAGCCAAUGAAAGCAAGGUUACUGCUCGCCACACUCCACUUUAAUGAAAAUUCAAAUCGGAAACAGCGUAUGGGACAAGAUGAACAGCCGCAGUGGUCGAUUUCAUACCCCAAGGGGAGAGGAGGAGCUGCAGUAGCAAAAGAGGUCAAAAUUGAAUCAACAUAUGACUAUGUACAGCUAAUUCUGGAGGACCUGCUGAAGCGGAGAUGACCUGCCAUCUUACAAAUUGGCAAGAGAUGCAAAGGACAAGUACCAAGUGACUCAUCCUAUUCCAGGUCCAGUGUGCUCAAAGUACGACAAGCAGGACAAGAUGAAAGUUGUAGAAGAAACAAAAACGAGGUUUAACAAACUGUAGAGUUCAUUCAUAGCACCAUCAGAGUUCACUAUCACAGAUCAAUUGAACGGUCACACCAAAUCAAUUGAACGUAGGAUACUUGAAUCCUGUGUACCCGUCAUUGUCCGGAGCAGGCCAAGCAGCACGUAUCUUGUCCCGAGCACAAACAGGGAGUGGCAAACGGUUCCUUCUCCCCAACCUCUUCCAAACCCAACGGACAAGGUUCCUAUAGGCCACGUAUCGAUAUAACCUGAAAUUGUUGGGAAGAAAACAAUGUUUGUACAUUUAAUUGACAGUUUUUUUUAAAUUUAUUGAAAACUUGUAAUAUUAUUACUAAAUACAUGUAGAUACAUUUUAUUAUAUCUAUUUUCUAUAUUUCUAGUCUUCAAAGGGAGAAAAAAAUCUCAUUUCU